CCGAACUUGUCACUGGACUUGAUCCACAUAUGUUAUUUAGAGGCUAUUUGUCUCUCAUCUCUCAUAUGGCUCACUUUAUCUUGAACGUCGAGCAAGAUCGGUCCUCCAUCUAGAACGCCUAAUUCCAAGCCCUCCAAUUCGCCUUGAAUCAUGGGUCAAACUUCGGAAGAAUUCCAAAAGUUCUUGGACAAUCAACAAUACACCAAGAAUGGCAUCCUCCGAUAUGAGCGGAUCUUUGGCGAGACAUACAUCAGAACUGGUGGCAAGCAAACCACGGAGAAGUUCUGCCGGGAGCUCAAACUGACCCCGGACAUGAGGAUUCUGGAUGUUGGUUGCGGUAUCGGCGGUUCCGCGUUCCACAUGGCCCGAGAAUAUGGAGCUUUGGUCAAUGGGUUCGACUUGUCGCAGAACAUGAUCGAUAUCGCGCAAGACUACCGCAAAAGAAUGGAACCUGGAGUGAAGCACCGGGUUCAAUUCCAUGUAGAGGAUGCCACGACCAUGGAGUAUCCGGAGAGCUUCUAUGAUGUGAUCUAUAGUAGGGAUACCAUCCUUCAUAUUGAGGAUAAGAGCGCCUUGUUCAAGAAGUUCUAUCGCUCUCUCAAACCCGGUGGCGUUCUGUUUAUCACGGACUAUUGUCGCGGGGAUCAGGAACAUAGUCAGAGGUUCAAGGAAUAUGUCAAGCAACGAGGCUACAAUCUCUUGACCGUGAGGGAAUACGGUCAGGUGAUUGAAGGGGCUGGCUUUGGAAAGGUGAAUGCCGUGGACAAUACACCUUAUUUCUGUGAGAUCCUCAGAAGGGAACUGUCCGAGUUUGAGCCGAAGAAAACUGAGAUGAUCCGGGAUUAUACGGAACACGACUACGACGACAUCUGUCGGGGUUGGAAAGAGAAACUGGUUCGUUGUGACGAUGGCGAUCAAGUUUGGGGAUAUUUCUUUGCCACGAAAUUGUUUGUUUGAAAGAUCGAUUCAUAUGAAUAAACCUCAGGUGGCAUUGUCCUUGAA